AUGUACUACCGCCCGAACGAGCCGCUGAGCCUGCGGGCGGCGGACCCCGCGCCGCCUGUCGCAGGAGCGCGGGCAGGGUGCAGCUGGUCGCUGAACCUCCACGCGCGCGAGCGCGCCGUGGCCUCCAAGACGGAGGAGUUCGGCGAGGCGAUGCAGCUCGACCUCGAGCGCCAGGCUGCGCUGGGGCCUGCCCAGGCUGCCCUGCUGCAGGGCCGCCAUGGCCCGCGCUGGCGCGCGGCGGUGCUGAAGCGGGCCUUCAGCAGGGCGGUGAAGGCGCUCAAGCUGGGCAGCGUGGGCGCGGCCUCCCGCUACCAGCUGCGGCGCGGCGGCGCCAGCCGCGACGCCGCGACGGGCGCCAGGUCGCUGGGGCAGAUCCGCCAUCGGGGCCGCUGGCGGGCCCACAGCAGCCUCAGGAGGUACGAGAAGGGCGCGCGGCUCGGGGAGGUCCUCGAGCGCCUGCCGCCCAAGGUGCGCGCCCACGCGCUGCGCUGCGCCGGCUCGCUCGGC